UACUUGAGGAACUAGGAAGUAGUUAAUACCGGAUACAGACAGCAGCUCCUGAAUCACAGUAAAGCUCGUUUAUUGACACAACAAUGAAAGAUUUACCUCAAUUAAUUUGGAGAAAAAACUGGGCGGAUUUUACAUCUUAACGGCUGGAGCGACAAGCUGCAGUUAAAACGCUUCAUGACCCUCAGCAGCAGCAACUGAUCAAAAUAAGAUGGAGGAAGAGCCUUUUGUGGAUAAACAUCGACUCGAGCUAAUCCGGAGAGUGACCAACGUUGCACCAAUUUUGGAAGAACUCCUCGAACGUGAUGUUAUUAAUCAAGUAAAUUAUGAUAAAAUCAGGGCUAAUCAUGACUCUCAGGACACUAUGAGGGCACUUCUCAGUGGGCCCUUGGAAUCCAGUGGAGUGAGAGGAAAACAGAUCUUCUACAAAAUUCUGGAGAGAAACGAGCCACAUCUUAUUGAUGACCUCAAGAGAACGGAGAGCGAGCCUGUGAUGGAUGUGAAAGUCAUGGAUACAGUGCAAGUAGGUUCAAUGAUGGAUAAGAAGCUGCUUAUUGAAAUAUUGAAUGAUUUGAGCUCUGAGGAGUUUGAGAAAUUCAAGUCGCUCAUUGAAUUGGAGAAAGAUUUCCCGCUCAUCUCAAGGAGCCGACUGGAUGUGGCAGACAUGCAGGAAACUGUGGAGCUGAUGGUGGAGAUGAACAGCCAAGAGUGUGUGGAGGUGACCAAAAAGGUUUUAAAGGAGAUGAACAGGAUUGAUCUGGUGCAGAGGUUGUCAGAUAUCAGCUCAAGAACUAAAGAGAAACACUUGGAACAUCGUCCUACACUGAUUCAGAGAGUGGAAACAAUGACGUCUGUUAUAGAGCUGCUUUUGGAAACACUGGCUGAUUUGAGUAACAGGGAGCUCAAGGACUUCAAGAAAUUACUCCAGAGUCAAAGUUACCCCUACAAAUCCUACUUAGAGAUGCUCAUGAUGACAGACAUGCAGGACACAGUGUUUUUUGUGGUGCAGACCUUCAGCCAACAGUCUGUGAAGAAGACCAAGGACAUUUUAAAUAAGAUGAUCAAGAGAGAUCUGGUGAAGAGGCUGUCAGACAGCAGCUCAGGACCCAAAAAAAAACAUUCUGUGGAUGAACACUUGUCUGCACUGAUCCACAAAGUAGCAACAAAGACGGCUGUGAGAGAGCUGCUUUUAGAAACACUGAAUGAUUUGAGUGAUCAGGAGCUAAAGACACUUAAGUGGCUCCUGCAGUUCACUUACUUCAAGAAGGGCCUUCCAUGCAUUCCAUGGAUCAAACUGGGCCCGGCAGACAGGACAGAAGUAGUGGAUCUGAUGGUGGAGAGAUGUGGCCAACAGUCUUUGGAGGUGAUCAGGGAGGUUUUCAUGGAAAUGAAGAGGACUGAUCUGGUGCAGAGGCUGUCAGAGACCAGCUCAGGACCCAAAGCUGCAGGAUCAUCAGUUGAAGCGUUUGGUGUAAAAACCACAGAGGGAGAGAAACACUCUGUGGAUGAACAGUGGCCUGCACUGAUCCAGAAAGUAGAAACAAUGACGUCUGUUAUAGAGCUGCUUUUGGAAACACUGGCUGGUUUAAGCGACGGGGAGCUCGAGGACUUCAAGAAAGUCAUCUGGAGUCAAAGUUACCACUACAAACCCUGCUUAGAGAUCCCAUGGAUGAAGCCCAUGAAGGCAGACAUGCAGGACACAGUGUUUAUUAUGGUUCAGACCUUCGGCCAACAGUUUGUGAAGAAGACCAAGGACAUUUUAUUUCAGAUGAACAGGAGAGAUCUGGUGAAGAGGCUGUCAGACAGCAGCUCAGGACCCAAAAAAAAACACUCUGUGGAUGAACACUUGUCUGCACUGAUCCACAAAGUAGCAACAAUGGGGGCUGUGAGAGAGCUGCUUUUAGAAACACUGAAUGAUUUGAGUGAUCAGGAGCUAAAGACACUUAAGUGGCUCCUGCAGUUAACUCACUUCAAGAAGGACCUUCCAUGCAUCCCAUUGAUCCACCUGGAGCCAGCAGACAGGACAAAAGUAGUGGAUCUGAUGAUGGAGAGAUGUGGCCAACAGUCUGUGGAGGUGAUCAGGGAGGUUUUCAUGGAAAUGAAGAGGACUGAUCUGGUGCAGAGGCUGUCAGAGACCAGCUCAGGACCCAAAGCUGCAGGAUCAUCAGUUGAAGCGUUUGGUGUAAAAACCACAGAGGGAGAGAAACACUCUGUGGAUGAACAGUGGCCUGCACUGAUCCAGAAAGUAGAAACAAUGACGUCUGUUAUAGAGCUGCUUUUGGAAACAUUGGCUGAUUUGAGCGACGGGGAGCACAAGGAUUUCAAGCAAGUCCUCUUGAAUCACUUGAGGUUCACAAGACAACGUUUUGACAUCCAAUGGAGGCUGCUUGAUAUAACAGACAUGCAGGACACAGUGUUUUUUAUUGUACAGGAGUACGGCCAACAGUCUGUGGAGAUGAUGAAGAAGGUUUUAAAGGACAUUAACAGGCUGUCAGACAGCAGCUCAGGACCCAAAAAGAAACAUUAUGUGGAUGAACAGAUCUCUACACUGAUCCAGAAAGUAGCAACAAUGGCAGCUGUUAAAGACAUGCUUUUGGAAACCCUGAAGGAUUUGAGUUAUCAAGAGUUAAAGAAAUUCAAAGAGGUCCUACGGUGGACUGUCUCCCAGAAGGACCUCCCUGGCAUCUCACUGAGGUUGAGUUACACAGCAGACAGAGAAGCCAUAGUGGAUCUGAUGUUACAGAACUGUGGUCAACAGUCUGUGAAUCUGAUGAAGAAGAUUUUCAAGAAAAUAAACAGAUCUGAUCUGGUUCAGAGGUUAUCAGACACCAGCUCAGGACCCAAAGAGAAGCAGAGGUCUUCACUGCCCCAGAAAGACGUUUCAAUGACACCAGUUAAGGAGAAACUUUUUGAAACACUGGAAGAAUUACGUUUCUGGGAAUUCUUGCAAUUCAAAGAGGUCCUGCAGGAACUUCGAAGACAGAAACACCUCCCAAGAGUCCAAAUAAAGAGGACCUACAGCACAGUUGACUUAGUGGAUCUGAUGGUGGAGCUCUACGGUCAACAAUCUGUGAAGGUGACCAGGGAGGUUUUAAAGAAGAUGAACAGGAUGGAUCUGGUGCAGAGUUUGUCAGACACAAGCUCAGGAUCCAAAGGGCCUUCAAGAAGUUUGGAGUUUGAGGCUCAUGGAAGAAUGAUGGAGUCCAGUGAUUGGACUAAACUUGAACCUGAAGUGAACAGUACAGAUGCAGAUGAGGAUCCAACUUACAGCCUACAGUCUGAAGAAGGAAAGUUUGAAUGCAGAGUCUCCGGUUUGCGAUGGGUCUGUGAAGAAAAGGUCAGCAUUAAGUACCAGUUCUGGUCUUGGGAAGAACACAUAGAGAGAAUGGAAAGCUUACAAUACAUGCCUGCAGGUCCUCUACUGGACAUCAAACUCAUUGCUGGGAAGUUAAAUGAAGUGUACCUGCCACACUGGAUCUGCACAGAUGACUCUACGAUAUUAGACAAGUUUGCAGUCCUACACAUAGAUGCCUGUGGAGAUGUUGUUGAGGACGUGUCUGAAGUCACAUCAUCCCAUGUCAAGUUAUCCGAACUAAUUUUCUCUCCAAGAGCGGUCCUGAUGAAAGUCGGCUUUCCGGUGAAAAUAAAGUGCAACAUGUUAAUAUACUAUAAAACAAACACAACGUUCCUCCAGCUACAUGUGUACCUGAUCCCACAUGAUCCUGCUCUACAACAGAGAGUGAACAAUAAGAAAUUCUCUAAAGGAUAUGAAAUAAUCGAAAAGCCAAAUCCAGACAAGUACCUCAAAAUGCAACAAGGAUUCGUUCUCACCGCAGACAUCAACACAGCAAAAAUUUCCCCUCCGAAAUUAACUCUCAGAUAUGACAGCCAAGACCCAAAUUUCUAUGAAGUGUUCAUUGAAAAUCCAGACAGAAACUUCAACUUUACACUCUCUGACCAUUGUACAAAGAAGAGUGAACCAGUGUGUGAACCAGUGUUUGAAUCAGUGUGGACCUGUGAAAUUCGAAAAGCUGACUAUCCAAAAUCUGGUCAUUUAGAAGCUGCAGCAUCAUCAACUGGACCAUGCUGUGGUGCUACAGUGAGAGCUUUGGGAUCCUCAAGUGGAGCAACUGGUGGAAAUACUUUGGCUGAAGGCAGGUCCACAGAGGAACAAAGUGUGGAUGAACUAUCUGCACUGGUCCAGAAAGCAGCAACAGUCACAACGAUUAAAGAGAAGCUUUUGAAAAUGCUGCAACGUUUGAGAGAGGAAAAAUUCGAAGACUUCAAGUGGUUUUUGCAGGAUAGAGACCUCAUCCCGGCAGAACUCCCGUGCAUCCCACAGAGCAAACUGGAGAAGGCAGACAGGAAACAUGUGGUGGAUCUGAUGGAGCAGACCUACAGCCAACAAGCUGCAGAGGUGACCAAGAUGCUUUUCAAGAAAAUAGACAGGAACGAUCUGGUGAAGCUGUUGUGAGACACCAGCUCAGGAUCCAAAGGUAAAUUAUAAGAAAACAAUAAACAAAUAAAAACACAGAAGUGGCCUGUUGAGUGGCAAAAACAAUCCCAUUUUUGCUGCUGACCUAAUUAAUUAAAAUAUUACAGAACAUUUGGACCUGAUCAAACAAACAGUUAAAGGAGUAUUUUACAAGUCUUCCCAUAUUUUAUUUUAUUUCUCAGUGAUCCACUCAUCAGUUGCAGCACUACUGCUAUCUCUAGCACUGAGGAGGACAACAGGAAAUCAAGAAACAUAGCUGUCCAAAGUUUUUAAGACACAAGUGUAAAAUUAUUGCAUUGUGACUAUUUUUAACUAUGAAAACAAAAUGCAACAAAUCAAAUACAGAGGGUGAUUUAUUUUAGCCUCCGUUAUAACAACAAGAACAUGUGAUGUUUAGAUCAGGUGGCUCAUUCGAGUUUUUUUAGCAGCAGAGUGUGUGAAAGACUUGUGUGAAAAAAUGUUUAUGUUGAUUAUUGAGGUCAUAGUGUUUGGUGAUGUUUCGCAUUAUAUUAAAAGAUGUUUCUAAUAUUCUUCCCCCCUCAUGUAUGUAAACGGGGGGUGGACAAAAUAUUAGAAACACCUUUUAAUAUAAUGCAGUCCAGAACAACA